AGAUUUGCAAAGGCCAGUCACCAAGUGACAUAAAAGUGGAAACAAGGACUAAAUCUAAGAAACUCAGAAGAACGCCAUCAAGAUUGUUGAGUGGAUUUCGUGGAAUCAACUUAUUCUUACUGAGUAUUAAGCAAGACCUUGAUGAAGAUAGCAAAAACUGGUCGAAAAAUGAUUGA